UCCAUCUGAGAAACACAAAAAGGUUACGCCUAAUGGCAACAAUCAACAAAAUCACCAUAUUUCUCUUUCUCCUCCUAAUCAAUCCAUUACUUAACUCGAAUCAAUCUUUGGCAAAACGAAGAAACCCUAAUUAUAUACUAAUUCUUGGCCUUACCCAUUCUAGGGCUUCUCUUCCUCUUCCAAAUGCUUCCACCAGUUCACGAAAAAGACAGACUGAUGAAUUAGAUAUGGUGGAGCAAUUGCGAGAAGUAAGAGAUGGGUAUUUGAUAUCUCUAAACAUAGGUACCCCUCCACAAGUCAUUCAGGUGUAUAUGGAUACUGGUAGUGACCUUACGUGGGUUCCAUGUGGGAACCUAUCAUUUGACUGCAUGGAUUGUGAUGAUUAUAGGAAUAGCAAGUUGAUGUCUGCCUUUUCUCCUUCUCACUCUUCUUCAUCUUACAGAGACUCUUGUGCAAGUCCUUAUUGCACUGACAUUCACAGUUCUGAUAACUCUUUUGAUCCAUGCACUGUGGCCGGUUGCUCAUUGAGUACCCUUAUUAAAGCUACUUGUGCAAGGCCAUGUCCUUCUUUUGCUUAUACUUAUGGGGCAGGAGGGGUUGUUACUGGGACACUAACUAGGGAUACCCUUAGGGUCCAUGAAGGCCCUGCUCGUGUCACUAAAGAUAUUCCUAAGUUCUGCUUUGGGUGUGUAGGAUCUACUUAUCAUGAGCCUAUUGGGAUUGCAGGUUUUGGCAGAGGUACACUUUCUUUCCCUUCCCAAUUAGGACUUCUUAAGAAGGGCUUCUCUCACUGUUUCUUGGCUUUCAAAUAUGCAAACAACCCUAAUAUCUCAAGCCCAUUGGUUAUAGGAGAUACGGCCCUGUCUUCUAAAGAUAAUAUGCAAUUUACUCCUAUGUUGAAGAGUCCCAUGUACCCUAAUUACUAUUACAUUGGUCUUGAAGCUAUUACUGUAGGCAAUGUUAGUGCAACUACAGUUCCCUUAAACUUAAGGGAGUUUGAUUCACAAGGUAAUGGAGGCAUGUUGAUUGAUUCAGGAACCACUUAUACGCAUCUGCCCGAACCAUUCUAUUCGCAGCUUCUCUCCAUUUUUAAGGCAAUCAUAACUUAUCCUAGAGCCACUGAAGUUGAAAUGAGAGCUGGAUUUGAUCUUUGUUACAAGGUUCCAUGUCCAAACAAUAGAUUAACAGAUGACGAUAAUCUCUUUCCUUCAAUAACUUUUCAUUUCUUGAACAAUGUGAGCUUUGUUUUGCCCCAAGGAAAUCACUUCUAUGCUAUGAGUGCUCCAAGCAACUCUACUGUGGUGAAAUGUCUGCUGUUCCAAAGCAUGGCUGAUAGUGAUUACGGACCAGCUGGGGUGUUCGGAAGCUUCCAACAACAAAACGUCCAGAUUGUUUAUGAUUUGGAGAAAGAGAGAAUAGGGUUUCAGCCGAUGGACUGUGCUUCAGCGGCAGUUUCUCAAGGACUUCAUAGGGAGUAAUUCUGGCAUCUGUUGAUUGUUUCUUUUUAAUUACUUUUGGUUUUGUUUCUGUCAAAGAGGAUGUGAGUGUCAGCAAAGCUGCAACUAGUGAA